CCAUUCUUUUUUGAGCUUCUCGUUUCUUUACAAUUGGCUUCCGACCAAUUACUUUUGUCCUUGCUUUUGCCUCGCUUUGCUUUUAAAAGAAACCUUACGCAGCAUGUGAAUUUAGAAAAGGCUCCCAUAAUGCCAACUAAUUGUACAUCAAUUAAUCAACCAAUUUCCAAAAAAUGGCUUCUUUGCUGCGCCAGAUAGUCGCAGGGCCUCGUGCUAGGCAUCCUGAGGCAGGCCUGGAUUUAUGCUAUGUCACCGAUAAUAUAAUCGCAACGUCGGGCCCUUCUCAAACGUACCCCCAGCGAGCCUAUCGCAACCCGCUCGAUCGUCUCGUUGAAUUUCUUGACUCGAAACAUGGAAAGAAUUGGGCAAUAUGGGAAUUCCGUGGCGAGGGCACUGGUUAUCCAGACGAGCUCGUUUACAAUCGGAUCAGACAUUAUCCCUGGCCGGAUCAUCACCCUCCUCCGUUUAGGCUAGUGCCUAUGAUUAUUGCAAGUAUGCGGAAUUGGCUUCACGGAAAUGAUCUCGAUGCCGAUGGCGUCGACGCAGCUAAUGCAAAGAAGAACUUGGUCGGGAAAGUGUUGGAAUCAUGGAAAGAUAAGAAAAAUAGUCGAGUGGUGGUUGUACACUGUAAGGCCGGUAAAGGCCGUAGUGGAACUAUGGCUUGUAGUUAUCUCAUUGCUGAAUGUGGCUGGACACCAGAGGAAGCCCUCGCCAGGUUUACCGAGCGGAGGAUGCGUCCAAAGUUUGGUGCUGGUGUGACUAUCCCGAGCCAGCUUCGGUGGAUAGGAUACGUCGAUCGCUGGGCUAAGACGGGAAAGAAAUUUGUCGAUCGGGAAUUGGAGAUACUUGAGGUUCACGUUUGGGGACUACGCUCCGGCGUGAAGCUUUCAGUGGAAGGGUUUGUGGAAGAGGGCAGGAAAAUCAAGGUCGUACACACGUUCACGAAACAGGAGCGAUUGGUAGUCGAAGGUAACGCGCCGGGCGAUAACGGAGUCCUGGACAUGCUCUAUGAUAUGGCCGGUUACGGAUCUAACACUGCAACAGAACAAGAAGUACUUGACGACGCAAGGAAAACAGAGGAUCCGGCUAAUGAUAGCUCUACAACAACAUCUCCUGAUCAACCCACGCCGUCAUCGGCCACCAAUCCCAAACCAAAGCCGAGCCCCAAAUUCAUAUCUAAACUCUCCCGUAGUUCAUCCACUGAUUCUGUCCAUUCUGCGCCAGAAAGCAGUACACAGCAAAAUCUAGAGAAUUCCGCAAACUCCUCUUCGUCAGCUAUCAACAACGAUGGGGAUGCUGAGCCUGGUGGUAUGGCCGUCAUCUUCAAGCCUACAAAUCCGAUCAAGUUACCGAAUAGCGACGUAAAUAUAUGUAUCGAGAAACGCAACCGCGCACCUACCUCCAUGGGCUUUACUGUGGUAACCGCCGUCGCGCACGUAUGGUUUAAUACUUUUUUUGAGGGCAACGGUCCGGAACAGGACGGCAUUCCAGACCAGAACGGGGUAUUCGAGAUAGACUGGGACAAGAUGGAUGGGAUCAAGGGGUCAAGCCAAAAGGGAACACGAGCAGCUGACAAGAUUGCCGUGGUGUGGAGGUCUACUGUGCCGGAGGGCGAGGCGAAGGGGUCAACCAUGCCUAGCGUAGACUCGCCUGUGCCCCAGAUGCCAGCCGCCGACUGGAAAGGUGGGAAUGAUGAGGAUCCGAACAACGAGAGGCAUCUGGGCUUGCGAGGACAUAGUCCGGAUAGUGUAUAGAUAUGAUGCUUUUGCGAGCAUACCAUGCGGGAGUCCUGAAUUUUGACUUUUCUUUUACACAUAAUGCAGUUCUUCCGCCUCCCCCCUUUUUGGUCGGUUUAGAAGACAGGAUAUACUUUACAGAGGUUAUAAUUAUUCAAGCCAGUCUAGAGAUCCGUAAAAGCAUAAGACAUAGCGGUGAUCAGUGACUUCAUCCC